GGAAACAUAGAGAAGAAGAUUAAGGAACGAACAGGAAAAUCUUUUGACAAGAAGCAACUUAAAAACAAAUGGGACACUAUGAAGAAAGAAUAGAAGUUGUAUGAUCGUUUAAUGAGGAUUGAAUCUGGCAUUGGAUGGGAUCCCCAGAGAAAGACAAUUGUUGCAUCACCAGAGUGGUGGGACGAAAAAAUAAAGGGAGAUAAAGAUCUUGCCAAGUUUAGGGACAUAAAUUUGGAGAUUUAUCAAGUGUAUUAUGAGCCUUUGUUCCGGGAUUCCGUUGCCGUUGGAGAUAAGACUAAGGCUCCCUUUGAAUGUCAAAACAAUAGCGGUCCAACUAAUGUUGAAGAUGAAGAAGAUCAUGAGGGAAAAGGAGAUAGUGAUGAAGUGAAUUUAGGUGACGAUGAUAAACUUCUUUUUCCGCAAAGUAGUUCGAGUAAGAGGAAGAAGCCGAAUAAUGUCGCACCUACCCGUUCAACCAAGGGAAAAUCUUCUGUAACUUCCUCAUUUGAGGAUAAACUAGAUACUAUAUUGGAGGCAUUAUCAUCACGAAGCACACAAAGUUUUUCAUCACAGAAUAAUUACUCACCAAUGACACAAGAAUGCAUGGACAUUGUGACAUGUUUUCCAGGAUUUGAAGAAGGUUCAAGGAUGUAUAGCCAAGCAUUACGCAUCUUCCUAAAAAAGCAAGUCCGUGAAAAUUUUAUGGUUCCAAAGACACACGGGGCAAGGAUGGAGUUUCUUAAGUUACUUAUGGAAGAAUGAUUCAUAUCGUGUAUUAUCGUUUAAUAUUGUGAUAUUAUGUUUUCAACUGGUUUCGUAUCUUGUAUUAUCGUUUGACAUUAUGUAUGACAUU